GGUGAUAGUUUGGGAUGGGACGCCGCUAAGGACACGCAUUAGGGAAAAAGGGAGGCUAGAAGAAAAAAAAUAUCUAAUUAGAGAUAGAGAGAAGACAGAAGGUGGCUGAGAGAAGGCCAGAGUCAGGACCGAGUCAGGACACAGGAAAGGGGUCAAGGAAGCUCAAGCAAGAAGCAGAAGUUCUGUAGGUUUCAGAGAGUGGACAGAAGUUUUUUUUUUUUUUCCUUUUUUGUUUUUUGGAGUAAAGGUGACAGACCCAGAAAAGAGAGGAGAGACAGCGGACGGAGAUCCCACUCACUAUUGGUCUCUGCUGGAUAUGGGGCUGGUUCGAGGGCUCAUCAUGAUCCCAUUUUGGAUGAGGCUGUCCUGCAUACUCCUCCUAACUGCUGGAAAAGAAGGGAGAAUUUACAACGGGAGGAAGAAGCCGCCAGCACUGACAGCACAGAGAAUGCGUUCUGGACCUCAUGUGUGUUUCUCAGCUAUGGGAAGUGGGUGUUGUCCAGGUUGGACAUUAUCUCCAGGCAAUGGACUUUGCCUCCAGCCUCUGUGUGCUUACGGCUGUGGCAGCGGGUUCUGUAUCGCCCCCAAUGUGUGUUCCUGCAGAGAUGGCCAUCAAGGCAUCACCUGUACUGAUCAUUAUAUCAUUGAACGGGAACUGGAAGAUAAAGGUUAUUCCCUUACCUGUCUAUCUGCAAUGUGUGAACAAGGCUGUGCAGUUAUCAAUGGCGCCACUGUGUGUAGCUGCUUUCAUGGUUACUCUCUUGGAAAAGAUGGUAAAAGCUGUUAUGAUGUUGAUGAAUGUUCUCGACCUCAAGCCUCAAGUCUUUGCCAACAGCAAUGUAAGAACAACGUAGGAAGCUACAGAUGUCUGUGCUAUUAUGGAUAUCAGAUUUCUCCCAAUGGCCGCUCAUGCGUGCCUAUAAAGCACCCCAACACAAUUGCUGCUUCUGCCCCAUGCGGAGAAUACGGCUGUGAGUUAAGUUGUAACGAUGGCGGCUGUGAACACAUCUCCAGGGUUUGUCCUAUUGGAUUCAGAAUGACAGAGACAGCUAAUGGAGUGACCUGCACAGACAUUGACGAAUGUGCAGCGUCUUCCUGUAAAGGGACAUGUCUCAAUACUGAAGGCGGGUACAUGUGUGACUGCAGUCCCGGGCUAAAGCUGGCUGCUGAUAGGAGCACUUGUAUAGAUAUUGAUGAGUGUUCGGUUCAUAGAUCUAUUUGUCAGCACAGAUGUAAAAAUGUUCACGGGAGUUACAGGUGCUUGUGUGGAGCUGGGUUCACCCUACUGAGCAAUGGACACACCUGUGCAGACAUCAAUGAAUGUCGCCGACCAGGAACUUCCCAUCUUUGUCAACACUUCUGCCACAACACACAAGGAAGUUUCUUCUGUUCCUGCCAAAGUGGCUUUGCUCUUAGUUUGGACAGAAUGUCUUGUGUUGAUGUGAAUGAAUGCCUGCAGAAUACCACCCUUUGCUCCUCUGGCAGCUGCAUCAAUACUCUAGGGUCUUAUAUCUGCUCCUGUCCUGCUGGGUUUCUGUCCAUCAAUGGUGGUUGUACAGCAAUUGAAGUGCAGACGGUUGGCUUUCUACAGGCAGUGCACAAUUUUCCACAGAUUAAGCCAACAUACCCAUCACCAAUAAGCCUUGGCACACCUGUAAUCACUGCCCCCCAGACUACCAUAGCCACCACUAUCCUAGCAGAGACCACCACCACAAUGCCUACCUCAAAACCACAAGCUGCAACAGAAAAUCUGGAUCCUUUGCCGCCACCUCAACAUCUCAAAACGGGUCAUUCGCCAUUAGCUCAAAAAUCCUCAGGGAUCUCUCAUAUGCCAAUGCAAGAACAUAUAGUAUUCCCGACUGGAGCUCCAACUACCCUGCAGACAAAUCUACACUGCUGGCACAACAAAGAAUUACAACAGACGGGAAGCUCAUGGACCGAGGAAAAAUGUAUGGAUUGCACUUGCCAGGAAGGUACCGUAUCCUGUGAAAGAAGAAUAUGUAGCCCAAACUGCUCACAUCCAGUCCUGCACCCAGACAGCUGCUGUCCGACAUGUGAUGGGUGCUUCUUUGAAGGGUCCUCAAGAGCAGAUGGAGAACUGUUCCCCAACUCCUCUGAUAACUGUACAAUAUGUAUUUGUUUGGCUGGAAAUAUCACCUGUAUUCCUCCCGUGUGUCCACCUGUUUUAUGCGCUGAGCCUUUCAUGUCAGAUUGCUGCUUGCAGUGCCCAGAUGGGUGUGAAUUCCAAGGAAACUUUUAUCCGCACGGUGCCAAGUUUAGCCGGGAUGAGAAUGGAUGCACCUCCUGUGUGUGCCAGAAUGGAGCAGUAGAGUGCUCAUUUGUCCCGUGUCCCAGCUUAGAAUGCCCGAGAGAGGAUUGGGUGCUGGAGGCUGGAGAGUGCUGCUUCAAAUGCCAGGAGCUGCUACAACACACAGGAUGCCCAUUUGAUGAUAAUGGAAUUGAGAUUCCUAUCGGGCAGAUCUGGUCCCCUGGAGAUCCCUGUUCCAUCUGCAUUUGCCAGGCAGACGGCUCCAUUGUGUGCAAGAAGACAGAUUGUGUGGAAACAUGUCCUCACCCUAUCAUGGUACCAGGACAGUGCUGCCCUGACUGUUCAGCAGGUUGCUCUUACGGAAGGAAGACCUAUAGGAAUAACGAAAGCUUCCCUUCAUACUCGAAUCCCUGCCUUACGUGUAUUUGUUUGGUGGGUACUGUUGCUUGCUCGCCUAUUGAAUGUGCGCCCACCUGCACUUACCCCUUCCAUGAUGAAGGAGAAUGCUGCCCUGUAUGUCGAGAUUGCACAUACGAUGGAAGGAAAGUACUAAACAGGCAGACUUUUUCACUGGAAAGCGAACCUUGUACCAAGUGCACUUGUCAGGACGGUGAGGUACAAUGUGAGUCCAUCUCCUGUUCCAUCUCCUGCUCCCAUCCGUAUACUUUUCCUGGAGAAUGCUGUGCAACCUGUGAAGAAUGCGCCUUUGAAGAACAUGUUCUGGAGAAUGGAGGAUCCUACAUGCUGAAGGUUGAUCCAUGUGUUGUAUGUGAUUGUUUUGCUGGAAAUGUUCAUUGUGAAGAAAGGGAAGGUUCUUGCACACCAUGUGACCAGAAGUUUCAGGAUUGUCUGAAUGAAGUCCCAGGCUCUUUCCACGUUAAGCAGUUGCAAUUCUCCCAGCAAGAUACAAUAGUACGAAAAGACAACUUUCCAGUGAAGUUACUGAGUGUGACCGACCCACCCCCACCUAGCCGACUGUCCUUAAGCUUAAAACUGAUGUCAAGGAGGAGCUCCAUAACUGCAUCCACCGCCACGGCUCUUUCCAGUUUUGUUUCUCAAACAGAGGUCCCAAGUCAACACUCUUUUUAUCAUAAAAAACAGAAUGACCAUGACAAACCUCCUCAAAACCUCAAAUCAAUGUCUCUACAAUCUGAACUAAAAUCAGAUGUUGAGCCAGAUACAAAGGUUGAACCAAUAUCUCAUGGUGACCUCAUGAAAACUAAUUAUGUGUCUGUUUCUACCUCAGCUGUAUUUUCUACUCAGCCUGUUGCCUUCUCAGGUACCACCAGAAGACCUUUGCUUUCAGCAAGUCACUUUACCUCAAAGAUUUAUGAUCACAUUGUUACCAUUCUACACCCUAAUGGCCUGUCUCAAGGAUCUUCUGAGCCAUCUGUUUUACCAUCAUCUUCCACUAGUUCCUUUCAACAAUCAGCACAGGUUUCCAUGCUUACAACCUACUCUGGAGCUUCUGUCAGAGAAGAAGAGCUUCGUGAAUCUUCACAUAAUUUUGGUAGGUCAUUAUCUUUGACGGAUAACACUGAUAUGGCUUCAGUUACUUCAAAACCUCCAAGUGGCAUUGUCUUUACAUCAACUCAUUCUGGUAAUCUUCAACAUUGGACAUAUAGCACAAGGCUUAAGCUUUCACUUCCAGAUUUGGAAGAAACCAAGCUGACAUUUUACGAGACUGAACAACCUGGAGAUUGCUUGCUAAAUUACCGAAUAUUCACCAAUGGCUCUGUCUACAUUGCUGACUUGGACUACUGCCUGCAUUGUGAAUGUCUGGUAAAACUCAGCCUACAAAGAGGCUCCAAUAAUCAACCAUAAUGGCAGAGACAUAACUUCAUGGGUUCUCCCAGUGCAGUACUAUUGUCCCUGGUAUCUAGUGGGUUAAUAAUGCUAUCUCUGGUGCCCAGGGGUAUACCUUGAAGCUACAGGGCCCCAAUGCAAAGCCAGUAGCAGGGAGCCCCUCACAUAGCAUGUGUUUGGUGUCUUCAUAUGUCGUAGCAUGGUCUUUACGCCCAGAUGCAAUAGCCACCACAUCUCCCCCUAUAGAUACGCCCUACAUACCGGUCCAUAAACAAACAAAUUAAUCAGUCUCAAGACUAGGGAUCAAACAUCAUGUGUGCUUGUG